AUGCCAGCUCCAUUUGAAAAAGGUUCAGAAAAGAAAGGUGCCACUUUGUUCAAGACCAGAUGCUUGCAAUGCCACACCGUCGAAAAGGGCGGUCCUAACAAGGUUGGUCCAAACUUGCACGGUGUUUUCGGCAGACAAUCGGGUCACGCUGAGGGUUACUCCUACACCGAGGCCAACAAGAAGAAAGGUGUCGUUUGGUCCGAGCAGACCAUGUCUGACUACUUGGAGAACCCCAAGAAGUACAUCCCAGGCACCAAGAUGGCUUUCGGUGGUUUGAAGAAGCCAAAGGACAGAAACGAUUUGAUCACCUACUUGCACAAGGCUACUUCCGAGUAA